UAUUAGUACUACUCCCUCCAACCCCCCAUAAAUCCAUAAUCCCAUAUUCAAGUCGCGCGUUUCAUUUCUUCCCAUUCCCAUUUCCCACACUCAACAACUACUUAACCACAUUCCAAAUUCAUAAAAACCCAAUUUACAUUACAUUAUUCAUUCCAUAAACUUUCAUAAACUCAAAACAUCAAAUAAUGGAUCCAUGUCCAUUUGCGAGGUUGAUAAUCGAGUCGUUAGCACUUCAGCUCCCGAUGGGAGCGAAGCCUUCAGCGGGAGCUGGAGUCCACUCUAGUACGACUCCUUGUUACUGUAAGAUCACACUUAAAGGCUUUCCAUCUCAGACAGCCAUUCUACCUCUUUCCUCUAACGGUGAACAGGGUUCUCCGUCGGAGUCCGCCACUAGCGCACCGGGAUUUCAUCUAGACCCCGCGGCGCUGCGCCGGAUGUCAGGUCGGCCCAUCUCUUUCCGAGUAUCGGUAUAUUCCGGUCGAAUGGGUCAGACCUGUGGGAUGACUACUGGAAAGCUAAUAGGUCGGGUUAAUUUGUGUGUCGACCUUAAAGGAGCCGAAGUUAAGCCUAUUGUUUUCCAAUCCGGAUGGAUGAGGUUUGGGAAUCAGAAAGGGGUUGAGAAAAACAAAGGAGUUCAUCAAGCUAAACUACAUUUGGUGGUCCGUUCUGAACCGGACCCUCGGUUCGUUUUUCAGUUUGGUGGUGAACCGGAGUGUAGCCCGGUUGUUUUCCAGAUCCAAGGAAAUAUCAGUCAACCAGUUUUCAGCUGCAAAUUUAGCGCAGACCGGAACUCCCGCUCUCGAUCACUUCCAGCAAACUUUGCCAUAAGUAACAACAAUAGUAAUAAGAAAUGGAUGGUGAGAUCUUUGUCAGGGGAGAAGGAUAAGCCAGUGAGAGAGCGAAAGGGGUGGAUGAUAAUGAUCUACGACCUCUCUGGUUCCCCAGUCGCAGCAGCAUCAGUCAUCACCCCAUUCGUACCAUCCCCUGGGUCUGACCGAGUCUCUCGGUCAAACCCUGGGGCAUGGCUUAUCCUCCGUCCCCACGGCUCCCAUGUUAGUAGUUGGAAGCCAUGGGGCCGACUUGAGGUAUGGCGCGAGAGAGGGUCCGCCGAUGGACUAGGUUACAAGUUCGAGCUGGUCACUGAAAACGGGCCUACUCGGACUGGCAUCCCUAUCGCCGAGGCAACAAUGAGUAUAAAAAAGGGGGGACAGUUUUGCAUUGAUAAACGUGAUUCCAACUUGGGAGAGGGGGUAAUGAGGUCCCCGGUUCGAGGGUUUGUAAUGGGGUCCACGGUGGAAGGGGAAGGUAAAGUAAGCAAGCCACUAGUUCAGGUAGGCAUGCAGCAUGUCACCUGUAUGGCAGAUGCAGCUCUGUUUGUAGCACUUUCAGCUGCCAUUGAUCUUAGCAUGGAUGCUUGUCGAUUAUUCUCUCAAAAACUAAGGAAGGAGCUUUGUCAUGACGAUCAAUAUGACCUUAUCUUGUAGUGAUCACAACUUACAAAGCUAAGACAUGAUUAAUUUCCUCAGCAGUGACAACCAAUUUAACUAAUGCAGGAUAUCGAUUCCACAUCGUUAAUUAUUGGUUUGAGCAAUGAUUUGUUUCGUUGCGAGGCUUGAAAUUGAUAUUGUUCUUUUUGAUUAAUUGGAUUGGUUGUAUUUUUUUUGUUCUUCUGCGGCGGAUUCGGAAGAAUUGAAGGUUGCUGACGGAGGAGAUUUUUUUUCUAUUAUUGAUCACACAAGGGGUGAUUAAUUUACUUAAUUAAUUAUAUAUGUGUAAUCUGAUUGACAAAACUUGUACAGAGAGAGAGGAUCAAAUGAUCAAGAUGUUUAUGUUCAUAUAAGAAGUUUUGUAUC